AUGAUUUCUACCGUCCCUCCACCGCGUCCAGUCUCUGUCAACUCACCGAUACUCCCCUUAUCAUCCCCUGUUCAUUAUCACAAACCGACGAGCAUACCUACGAAAGACGCCUACCAGAACGAGGACGAUGUCGUCAAAUCAACAUACUCCCUUACGGUGUCACUCGAGCGCCUUCCUAGUAAGGACAUUGAAAUGGAAGAUUCGGAUGACUCUGUGAUAUUCGCAAGCCACGACAGUCAAUCAGAGAUACAAUUCAAUGAUUUACCGUUUGAAAUCCACGAAGCCAUCCUAGAUCAUCUAUUCGGCGAGCGGACGUCUGGAUCAGGCAGCGUGGUCCCCGGUCGGCCGGACGCCCGGAGUUGGAUAAGGGCUCUUCGACAUCCCAGACGCAAGGCUCUUUCUAAUCUUGCCCUGAUUUCUCCGAUCUGGAGAGAUCUGGUACAGGAACGGAUAUACAGACACAUCAAGGUCAAAGGGACGAAAGAAGGCCUCGCCGAAUGCGAAGAUUGGUUUCGAAGUCAUCCUCACCUCGUACGCCACGUUCGACACAUUGAAUUCUGGAUACCGGUAUGGGGAAAUAGGGCCCACAAAAACGUGGCGCCGCACUUGCGCGAGAUACCGCCAAUUCGGCGAUAUUUGAACGAAGAAGCGGGGCUGUUUGGACAUCACAAUGGUUUUUUGCAACAACAGAUCGUUGCACCAGACUGGGAUUUGUCAGAUAACAGAAAUCGUAGCCCAAACAACUUCGCAUUCCAUGUGGCCAGCCAUAACGCAAGUUUGGAGGAAAUAUUUCGGCACGUAAAAGACUUCUUUCCCGAAACAAGGAUAUUGACGCUGGAGGCUGGGCACUGCAAGAAGCCCCCUUUGGUCAAACACUUUGCAAAUGACCCAUCAGGCUUAUCAGGGGACUAUCACCUUGAACAGCUUCCAAAUAUACGAACCCUCUUCAUGCGUGGCGCCUGGAACAUCAUGCGCGAUUACCAACACUGGACAACAAUAUCGGAAGCUCUUCCCUCAUUGCGAGAGUGGCAUUGUGCGUAUGCUAAACCUAAGAUAGAAGCCUAUCACACCAUCUGCGGGGCCCUGUCGACUCUGUCCUCAAGCUUGGUACAUUUGAACAUCAGCUUAGAAGGAUUCCACAGCAAGGACCAGUCGCACUGGCUGGGCGGGAAGAUCGGGCACCAUCAUAUGUGUCGGAUGCUAGGCCGGCUCACACCACAACUAGAGCAUCUAUCCUUGACUGGCCAUAUAUGUGCAGACCUUUUCAACACCGCAAGGGUAGUUAUUCACGACCGACCGCAGGAUGCGCGACUUCGAUCAGUGGAUCUUGUUGUCAAGACUUGCUGCAAGGAUGACAAGAACGAAUUACUAUACCCGAUCUUGGAUGAGCCGCCAGGUAUUACCAAUAUGCGAUUCAUUGAAGCCUUUGAGAAGCUAGUACUCAGCUCCAUCCGCUGUUUGGACACGUAUCUCGAUCUUUCCUACAUCCGCAUCCGCUUCAUCGAUCUUGAUUCCCAAUGCGCCGUUCUGAAUCCUUAUUUCCACUUAGCCGACAACAAAUGCACAGGAGUAUGGAGCCAUGAGAUUGUCGAGACUCUUGCUCAAGUCCGGCAUGCGGCUCACUUUGUCGAACUCGCGGACGGCAUUUUCACUCAGUAUGGUCCAAACAAUGUUAUCAUCGGAGCCGUAUAUCCCCGUACCAGGCCGCUAAGUAUCAACGUUAACACCUACAAGAUUCUAUCGGAUGCAGCAAAAUCGUGA